AAAGUGCGUUAAAAAAUGAGAAAUAAAUAAGAAAGUCACAAAAUUAAAUUUUCAUUGGUUUUUCCACUGAUUCUAAGACUAACGAUCCUUUAGAUUUAUCAAAAAAUGUGCUUAAUGUUGAGAUAAUUGAUAAGAAAAUCGAGAAAAGAUGUCAGAAUUUCAGGAACAGCUUUUACACGCAGAUGAAGAGAGAAUUAAAAUUUGCAGGAAAUAUUUAUCGGGAAGAAAUAAUCAAAUAAUUGAUCAAUGGGAAGAUCCAGAUUUCGGUCUAUACUACAAAAUCGAUCGAUAUGGAUUUAUCCAUACAGACAAGCUUUCGAGAGAUUUUGACGAACAAGAGCGUAAAGAGAAGGAAGUUGAGAUCCAGCGAGCUCAAAAAUGGCUUAAAAUGGUUAAAAAUUGGAAUAAAUUCAAAGAGACAAACCGUGAAAAAUUACAAAGAAGAAUUUAUAAAGGCGUACCAGAUAAGUUAAGAAGAUCGAUAUGGCUUAAAUUAUUAAAUAUUGAAAAUCAGAUGAGUCAGCCGAGUGAUAAUAAAAAUGAACCAUCCAUUUACAAUAAAAUGCUUCUAUUAGGAUUUAAGUAUUCAACGGAAGUCAGACAAAUAGACAAUGAUAUUAACAGGUGCUUUCGUGAUCAUGAGUAUUUUCGUGAACGAUAUAGCACCAAACAGCAACAGCUUUUUAAUGUUCUCGUGGCAUAUUCAAUGUACAAUAUGGAAUUAGGAUAUUGCCAAGGAAUGUCGACAAUAACCGCCGUUUUACUCAUUUAUUUGGACGAGGAAGAAGCCUUUUGGGCAUUAAAUACAUUAAUGAUUGAUAAAAAGUUCGCCAUGCAUGGUCUUUACAUUGUUGGAUUCCCCAAACUUAUGAGAUAUCUGGCUAAUCAUGACAAAAUUCUCACAAAGUUCUUGCCAAAGUUGAAAAAGUUUCUAGAUAAGCAUAACAUGGAUAGUGUUUUAUAUUCAUUAAAAUGGUUUUUUGUAAUCUUCGUAGAACGUAUACCAUUUAGUCUGUGCCUUCGUAUAUGGGAUAUAUUUUUUCUAGAAGGUGAGCGCGUCUUGCCAGCUAUGGCCUAUACGAUACUUAAACUUCACUCGACAAAACUGCUCAAAUUUAAAGAUAUGGAUGCAAUUACGGACUAUUUUCAGUACAAACUCCAUAAAAACUUCGGAUAUACUGAUAAUUUUGUUAUCAAAACCCUAGAAAUAUCAUUAAAUGAGUUAAGAACUCGAAAAAUGGAUCUGCCGCCACCAAGUGACAAUAUCGAGCUUCCAAAAUGUGAACUAGGCACGUUCAUUGAGCCAACAAUUGAAAAGAAAUUGGGAUUAAGGUCGUCAUGCUUUAGUGAUACGGAAAAGAAUGUGACUGAUUUGGUGAUUGCCAGGAGUGAGGAGAAUGGCAAUAGUUUGGAUGUAAUUGAUGAGAAUCUUGCGGACGAGAUGAGCAACUUAAAUACAGUGACAAAUAUUUCAGAUUAUGAAGGCGAGUUAAGCUACAUGGACGAUGAUUUAGACGAUGAAAUAACAUAUACAAACAGUCAUCAGAAUCGCAAGUCACUAACUUGUACGUCAAUCACAUCAAUCAGUGAAGAUCGUCGAUCAAUUUCCACACUUAAUCAGCAAAAUUUUGAGGAAAUUGUCAAAGACGACGACGGAGAAUAUCGAUUUAAGGAACUUAUCAGUAACAGUAUUGAUUGUAAUACCUAAUUUUGUGUCAAUCUUGUGAAUUGUGUACCGUUGGUUGUUCCUCAUUUUAUUGUUAAGUUUUCUGUUAUUAAAAUCACCAAGAUAUAUUCUAUCCAGUGGAUUCUAUGUUCUUCCAGCAAUAAUAUCACACAUUAUAUUUCUAUAUGGACUAUUAAGUGUUAAUACGAUUCGUAAAUAAGAAAAAUUUGGUUAAUAAUCAGUAAAUUUAAUUUUGGGGCUGUUGAUAUGACGUUCUAGUGAACUUUGUCUGUCUGUGGAAUUAAGAAUGAUUGUCGUCUGUAUAUUAUUAUGCGAAUUAGAAUGUUUAUCAAGAAAUUUUAAAAAGAGGGUGAGAUGAUGCUUAAGUUUGUUGCAAAUGUAUAUGACUUCUAUCAGGUGACACUUCUUUUUAUCUGACAAUUCUGAUCUAUAUUAGAAUACUUGUAGUUUACUAAGCUCAUUUCCUGACUUUUAAAUGUUAUAAAUGAACAAUAACGUUGUUCAACGGAAUAAAGUAAAGAUUAUUAUACAACUUGAACAGAUCCGAACAAGCUUAAGAUAUUAUUUUGUUACGUUUAACGCAAUUAAUGUUCCAAUCCUAAGAGAAAAUGUUUUUCCAGAAUUACGGAAGUGUGCAUUGAUGAUGGUUAAUUGCCAAGGACUAUGGAAAGUUGAUGACAAUUCGAACUCGAAUUUUCAUCAACUUUUUUUGUCAGAAAAUUUUCGCAGCAAAACUUUGAAAUUUUUAUUUACGUUAUAAUUUUUUUUAUUUUAUUGUUUUACAAUUUUAAAUGCAUUUGUAAAGAUCUAAAACUACAUAAAUAUAUUAUAUUUAAGUGGUUUUAGUUUUAUAAGGC